AUGGCCGGGACGCGCCGAGGCGCCCGCGUCGCCGCACGACUGGGCCGAGCCGAAGGCGAUCUCGCUGAUUGGGUCGACCGGGUCUAUCGGCACUCAGACUUUGGACAUAGUGGCGGAGCAUCCCGACAGGUGCGCCAGUUCCAGCCGUCGCUGGUGUCGGUGCAGAACCCCGCGCUGGUGGGGGAGCUCAGGAGGCGCUCGCGGAAUGGAGCGCAUGCCGGAGAUCGUGGCGGAGACUCGGGGAUCGUCGAGGUGAGGCGAGGACAGGGAGGAGAAGUGCUGGGGUGGCACGGCAUCCUGAUGCGGAGACAGUGGUCACGGGCAUUGUGGGGUGGCGCGGGACUCAAGCCGACAGUGGCGGCCAUAGAGGCGGGCAAGGACAUCGCCCUGGCGAACAAGGAGACGCUCAUCGCAGGCGGGCCGUACGUGCUGCCGCUCGCCAAGAAGCACGGCUGCCACAUCCUGCCCGCUGACAUCGGAGCACUCUGCCAUCUUCCAGGUGCGCCCUGCCCAGACCGCGUGGUUAAUAUCCUCCCCCCCUUCAACACCCCCCCACCCCCACCCCCCCCCACUCCCCCCUCCCACCCCUCCUUCUCCCCUUUGUAUGCGCGGCAGUGCAUCCAAGGGCUGCCAGAGGGCGGUCUGCGUCGCAUCAUCCUCACUGCCUCUGGUGGCGCCUUCAGGGACUGGCCGGUGGAGAAGCUCAAGGAGGUGACCCCAGCGGACGCGUUGAAGCAUCCCAACUGGAGCAUGGGCAGGAAGAUCACUGUCGACUCUGCUACACUCAUGAACAAGGUGCGUGGGGGCAGGCAGCAGGUGGGCAAGGGGAGUGUACAAGGGCUGGAGGUGAUAGAGGCGCACUACCUGUUUGGCGCGGACUAUGACAACAUUGACAUUGUGAUCACCCUCAGAGCAUCAUCCACUCCAUGGUUGAGACUCAGGUGGGCACUGGGCAUGCCUGAGCUCGCUGUCUCACUUUGCUCUUCCUCCGCCCCUCUGCCUCCUCUCCACGCAUCUCAUUUACUGUGUUUCUACCCCCUCUUCGCCCUUUACUCCCUCUGGCCCUUGCAGGAUUCGUCGGUGUUGGCGCAGCUGGGGUGGCCGGACAUGCGGCUGCCCAUCCUCUACACCCUCUCCUGGCCCGACCGUGUCCCCACCUCUGAAGUCACCUGGCCCCGCCUCGACUUCAUCAAGUGCUGCUCUCUUGCCCUCAUGCCCUCAUGCACUCAUGCCCUCAUGUCGUGGGGGGACCGUGACACGUACCCUCCAUCCAUAGUCCUGUUGUAUGCGGGAGGGCGGGCGGGUGGCACCAUGACUGGUGUGCUCAGCGCCGCCAACGAGCAGGCCGUGGAGAUGUUCCUCGAUGACAAGAUCCACUAUCUCGACAUCUGCCGGGUGAUCGAGGGCACGUGUGAUCGCCAUCGCAAUGACCUCGUGCUUGCCCCGUCACUGGAGGACAUCGUGCACUUCGACCAAUGGGCUCGCGUCUACGCUGCUGAGGUGGCAUCCAAGCUCAGCACCGUCUCUGUUUAG